ACUUGGGCUAUGCGCCUGAUUCCGAGUCCAGUAUGGCGGACAGCGAGAGCGAUUUGGAGACAGACGGGCUUGAUUUAGCCCUAGAAACGCUGUGUAGCACGCACUGUACGGAGGAGUCGUUUCUCAACAGUAAAGCGUACUGUUCUGCGUUUUGUGAGCUGGUAGAAGAAUACACUGGACAAUGGCACGUUCCCCUCCCUCAGCUCAAAGUACUCCGGACAGCUCUAUGCAGUUUCACCAAAGCCACUGCUGCCUUCCCCGAUGACUGCCAACAUGUUCAUUAUGUCCUCAGCAGUCUAGCCUUGAGCUUCUUUGAAUUGUUGCUGUUUUUCAGCAAAGAAGAAUAUGGGGAGCAGCCUCUAAAAGACAUUUUUGAUUCCUUUCUGGAAUGCCACUCUCAACUUUUGAGACACAGAAAUAUUUACCUCCAUCAUGUCAAGUUGACUCUUAAGUCUGGAGGCCCAUGGGAGAAUCCCAUACUGCAGGGGAUUCUAAAAGAGGCAGUUGUACUACAAAAACAAGUUGAGGAGUACUUGAGUUCAGAGUUGCCUGUACUCCUUGAGCUGCGAGUUCGGUAUUUGCAGGCCUGUGAGCGUUUACAGGAAGCGAUGGCACUUUGUAAAUGCUGCUUGGAAAAUCAGGAAAUGGGAAAACAUUUGUUCUUCCAUCAGGCCUACCUGACCUGCCUCUACAAGUCAUCUCUGCAUGAACACCUUCUUAAAGAGAUGGCAGAAAUUGAUGGUCGUGAUGCUGUAGAGAUAAUCUGUAACACAGAGAAUGUGGAAAAGGACGAGGUCCUACUGUCACUUUGUAAGACAUUUCUUACUCAGCAGCUCCAAAAUGGAGACAUGUACUACAUUUGGGACUUGGUGUUUAUCUGGAGUAGGUUGUACCUCAGAGCCCAUCCCUCGAGACACGAGUUUCUAUCUGAGUGUUUGAGGCUGUCAUCUUCUGCAACUAAUGUCAGAGCCAUCUUCCCCUUCAUCAAACUGGUCCAUACAGAGCUUGGUGAGGAGGGGAUUCAGGUGUGCGUGGAACUGUGUGCCAGAGCGCUGCAGUUGUGCAACCUCCACUCUGAUGCUGUAACACGGUCUCUGGUGUGUAAGACUAUCGCCUUCCUGCUGCCUCAUGACCUGGAGAUGUGUCGAGCCUGUGCCCUGCUGGUCUUCUGUCAGGAGCGCAGUCUGGAGGCCUACCACACUGUCUGCUCCCUGUACAAGCAUCCUGAUGAUGAACUGCACCCCCACAACAGCCCCGUCAGAACCUGCAUACGCUUCCAUAUUCUACAGAAACUAAAGGAGCAUCUGUGUUUUGACCCUGAAUUUUGGAACCUUCUUACUCUGCGGACCCACUGCUUGGAGUUGAUCAGUGACAAAGCCAUGCAGGCAGCUGUCCUGAAUGAAAUUGAAGAAGAGGAGAAAUAUUGCGAAGCCCAGGCAGCUUACAACUGUGCUGACGAGCCACAUUUAGGAGAACAGGAAUGUCUGAAAUUUUUUGAGCAUAGUGAAAAUGUGAAUGGUCCAAAUGAGAACACAGACAGCCAGAAAGUCAAGCCUUUGACUGAAACUGAAAAUGUACCAAAGAGAAGACGAGGGAGGAGACGAAAAGAUGAAAUGAAGAAGGAGACAGAGAAAGCGGUCAAUGAGGGGACUAAUACAGGAGAUGAUCCUGAAGCAGUUUAUGACAUUAAACCCAAUUAUUCAAGCAAGUCUAACUCGUAUUCACUCAGACGAAACCAUAAAAACAGGGAAAACGCUGCACCUGUUAAAUUUCCAUUCAAUCGUAAACGAGAGUACUUAACCAGGUGUGUGAAGAGCCAGCUCCUGACACGGAAAGGACACAAGAGAUGGCUGCAGGGUGUUCAGACUCUUGAUCGAGAGGAGUAUUUAAAAGUCAAAAAGAUCAUGUACAAAGGCAAGAAACGAGGAAGGAAACCAUUUUAUAGAGUUGAGCUGAGCUAUCCUGACAAUGAAAUUCAGCGUGUAAUUGAAAUGGAAUCUGAGGAAAGUAUAAUUGCUUCUUCGGAAGAGAAAGGCAUUCAGUCCAUAAGUGAUAAUUCAAAUCAAGCAGGGAAUACAGCAGAGGAGAAACUAGAGAAGUCUCAAACCGUACCAGAUACCAGUCCCUCUAAAGAAGACCACUCAGUUCUUGUCCCAGCGGUAGAGGGGGAUCCUGAGCUGGAUGGACCGCCCUAUGAAUUGAUGGACUCUGCUGUGGAGGUUUUUCAUAAUUAUUGCCUAGAUCCUGACAAAGCUGAGGAUGAGGAAGAACAAACAAAAGACACAACUAAAUCUAAAGAGUCAGCAAAAUUUAAAGAUGGUGCAAAGUCAAAAGACUCCACGAAAUCUAGAGACACCCCUAAACUUACGGAGAACGCUGAAGUACCAGAACAGCCCAAUGGAAUUGAAGAAACAAAGCUAUCAGCGGAUACAGAGGAGACAAAAUCCUAUCUGGAGGUAAAAGGGAGAAGUGCUUGGCAGGAGAGAUUGUUGCGCACACAGAAAUACAGCCACAUCAUCCACUCGUGCGAGUUCUGCAACAAAACCUACCGGGGCCUGAAUGUGAUGAGACACGCCCUCUCACAUAUGAAGAAGAAACGUAAACAUUGUAUCCUGUGUGGCCAGCGCUUUAGGGAAUUCUCUGUGGCAAGCAAACACAUCAAGGAGCAUAUAGAGGAAAUGAGUAAACAGAAACCUGGUGGUGAUAGUAAAACUAGUGAGGAUAGCAAAACAAAUGAGACAAAUGAAGAAAAUCACAUUGGCAAACCAAAUGACGAUAGCAUUGAGGAGAAAAAGGCAACACCAGAGAGCGACACAUCUCAGCAGACACCAACAGCCAAUGGUACAGAAAUUCCCAGCCUCCCUGUACCUCUAGAUGAUGGCCUUAAAGAAGAUGAAAACCUGAAACCAUCUGAAACCAAGGACUCCAAAUCAACUUCCAAACCAAAACCAUGCAGGUUCAAAUUCACUGAGCUGAAAAGAGAGGAGCGUAUCGCAAGACAUGUUCUUAAUCUCUUUAAAAAGCGAUACGUGUUCAGCAAAUUUAACCAGAACAUUAUACCUCGCGACUUUGUAUUGAGUGAGGAGCAGGUGGUGAUUGAUGGUGAUUUGGUGAUACUGAAAAAUGUACCCAUGCGGCAGGAAGGAGUGAAUGGGGAAAAUGAGAAAAUGGACACAUCAGUUGAGAAAGACAAAGGAGAAGAGGCAGAAAACCUGUCUGAAAAAGAGGGGAAAGCAGAAGAUAGCCCAGAGCAAAGGAAAAACGAGGGAGAGAAGAAAGAGAAGGAUGCUGCAGAUGAGAGCAAAAAGAAGGAAAUGAGUGAGAAUGGUUUAGAGGAGGGCAAAGAGAAGGAGGGAGAAGGACAAUUUGUCAGUAAAGACCUUGUAUAUUACCUCUGUCCUGGUGAAGACUGUGACAAAGUCUUCUACAAGAUCGGCCACACCAUGACAAAACAUGCCAUGAAGUACCACCUGAACGAGGAGAAGAUUCAGGAGGUCAUCUUCAAAUGGUCCAAACAAAAGUGCAUCCUCUGCCACAGGCAGUUCAAUCUUCUCCCACACUUCAAGGACCACCUGAAGCUUCAUCUGGAGCACCCUCAGUACUUCUGCUGCCAUCAGAGUUGUGGGCAGCGCUUUGAGUCCUUCCAGGAGCUGAGAAACCACGAGGCCCAGCACGUGCCCCUCAGACCACAGUGCAUGUACAUUGCCUGCGAGAACGUCUUCAACAAUAUAUUUGCACUUGGCGAUCACGAAUGGAGACACUACAUCCCCACACCUCUAAAAAGCGACUUGGAAACUGGCCCCAAUAAAAGCAAGCGGCACAGCGAGGAAGCCCCCUGGAAGCAGAGGGUCAAAGUUGAAGAACUGUGGCUACAGAAUAAAAAUACACCAAGAGAGGAAAUAAACUUGAGACAGUUUGAUAGAGCAGAAUUAAAUGACUCAAAGAAUAAUGAUGAUUCAGAAACAUGCGACGACGAGACCAACAGUAAAACCAUUAACGGAUAUUAUGAAAAAACAGACCCAGUGCCCAAACAAGCUUCUUUGAAACAUAAAAUACCACCUGAACCGGACCCUAUAAAUGUGAAAAACCGUUCGGAGGACACUACAAUUGCAAGCGUAUGUGAAGCAAGUGGUCCAGAGGUACCGCUUAUUGAGGAACACCGAACAUUUAAACCCAACGAUCCCGCAUAUAAACCCUUAUUCAAAGCUCCUCUACUGCGUCCCCCACCCUCCAUGUAUAUGACGGAAUCAGAGUUGUCGAUGCGCAAGAGGAAAAUGGAAGAGUCUACCGCUGCUCCUGUUGUUAAGAAGACCCUGCCAUGGAACCAGCGGAAAAAAGAACCUGUUGUUGUAGAGACACCUGAACCUACGCCUGAACCAGAGCCCAAGAUUAGGCACCGCUGUGAAAAAUGUCUCUCGUUUUUCGGUUCCCCGGAAGAAUUAAACAAACACAAAUCGCUCAACACCUGCUCUGCACUUUUCGGUUUUGACUCAGACGAUGAAAGUUGAUGAGAACUGAAGCACUGAGUGAGGAGGUCCUUGCACUCUUUAUGCUCCUCAUUGGCUGCCUGCAUUGUUUUUCUUUAUAAGUGUAAUAGUUAAAAUGGCACAAUAUCUUUUUAGUUUUGGUUUAAUGAAGUAGUGGUGUUUCGACUAUUUCAUCAAAGGGGGAAAAAAAAAAAAAAAAAACGCUAAAUGAAAUCUCUGAACAGUUCAACUCAUUUUAUAUUAUUCUCAAGGAACCUCAAAAAAUGCAUCUCAUAUUUUGCAUAGAAAUCUUGUUAUAUAUAAACUAAAUGAUCAGUACUGGAUCAUGUUUAUAAACUGACUGUAUGAACUUGAGUUCUAACAACUGGCACCUGAUGAAUUACUGAACAGUGCAAGUUGCAAUAAUCUCCUGUCUCCUGUUGGGCUUAGAGUCUGCAUGGUUAUUUUUUGUAGUCUUCCAGCACCAUGGUAGUCCAUAAAAGGUAGUAGUAAAAUACUGUAUGACUUACCAAUUCUACGCGUGUAAAAAGUAUUCACCUUUUUAAGCCAAUUAUAACAGGGAAGGUUGUCUGUAACCUGUAUUUUUUUAUUUUUUUCUAAACCUAUGUACAGCUAAAACCAAAUCACAUAAUUAUUAGUGCCAUAACUGAAUCAGUGUUGUUUAGUGUUUAAACAUUUAUGUAAAGGUUCAAUGAUGAUAUGCUCCAUUGGUUGAUCACAUUUAUAGUAGUACAUGCAUAGUACAUGCGGUUAACUUGUAUGAUACUAAGUUUGCAUUUUUUUCUAAAGUUAUUACUUGCCU